CUUCAUUUCUAAUGUUGCAGGGCAAUGGUAUGUUGGCUGUUUUUAGAUUGUCUAGCCAACUCGCGACUGACGGGAAGCCUUUCAUCGCUUGCUGCCACAAACAACCAUGCUCGGCUGUUACCUCGCUCUCGCCGCCGCGGCGGUCAUCAUGCUGCUGCCGCUGGCCGCGGCACAGCCGACGCCAUGGCGGGAAUCGACAUGCGCCAGCGGCACCUACGCAGCCAACAGCACCUACCAAGCGAACCUCGGCCUCCUCGCCGCGGCACUCCCCGCGAAUGUCUCGGCCACGCCUGCUGGCUUCGCAACGGCCACCGUGGGCGUGGUGCCAGACCUGAUCUCUGCGUUGGCGCUCUGCCGCGGCGACGCAAACGCCUCGACCUGCCACGCCUGCGUCGCGGCAGGGUUUCCCGGAGCGCAGCGCGAGUGCCCCAACAGCAAGGACGUGACCAUCUACCAGGACGACUGCGUCCUCCGCUUCUCCGACCAGCGCUUCCUCGACUUUGUCGGCGUGAACUCGCCAGUUAGAGUGACAACCGUGGACCCGGAGAACCUCACGGUCUCAGCGGCCUGGUUUACCGCCGCCACCGUCGCGCUCAUGAACGCGACCGUCGACCACGCCGUCACCGCGCGCGGCAACUCCACCAAGAAGUACUUCGCCACAGGCGAGGAGAACUUCGACGCGACGCACUACCCCAUGAUUUACGGGCUGGCUCAGUGCGUGCCAGAGAUGACGGCGGCGCAGUGCCGGAGCUGCCUCAGUGGCUUCAUCGGAGCCAUGCCGUGGUGGUUGAAGGGGAUGCCCAGGGGGAGAGUUCUUGGGAUUUGGUGCAACCUGAGGUACAGCGUGAACCCAUUCUACACAGGCAGCGCAAUGGUGAAGGUUUCAGCGCCGCCGGCACCAGCACCGGCGACCGUGCCUUCAGUUGCUCCUGCAGAAGCAGGAACAGGGAGGAAAGGGAGAGUUGCAGGGAUCUCUGCAGGUGUCGCUUGUUUUGCAGUGAUGAUAUUGAUUCUUACAGUUUGUACUGUCAUUCGCUUGAAGAGAAGAAAGGCCAACAAGCGUGAUAAUGCAUUUAACAGAAUGGCAAGAGGGAAGUGCACUAUCUACGAAUUUCCUACACUAAAAGAGGCAACUGGAAACUUCUCGGAGAAGAAUAAGCUUGGAGAAGGUGGUUUUGGAACAGUAUAUAAGGGAAACCUCCCAGAUGGGCAAGAAAUAGCAGUGAAGAAACUUAUAGAUAGUACUGGACAGGGACUAGAUCAGAUACGCAAUGAAAUGCUGGUUCUGGCGCAGCUCCAGCACAAGAACCUUGUAAGGUUACAGGGAUUUUGCCUGCAUCAGAAUGAGAUGCUACUUGUCUAUGAAUACAUCAAGAAUGGGAGCCUCGACAACUUUCUUUUUGUAGAUGCUAGCAGAAGAAAUACACUAAAUUGGGAUCAAGAGUACAACAUAAUUCUCGGGAUUGCAAAGGGAAUAAUGUAUCUUCACGAGGACUCAAGCGUAAGGAUCAUCCACCGGGACCUGAAGGCUAACAACAUUCUGCUCGACGAUGCCAUGGAUCCCAAGAUUGCAGACUUCGGUUUAGCUAGGCUGCAAGAAGGAGGCCAUACUCAAACCAGGACAACUAGAGUUGUUGGGACAUACGGGUAUAUGGCGCCAGAGUAUGCUAUACAUGGAAAUGUGUCUCCAAAGAUUGAUAUUUUCAGUUUUGGUGUAUUGGCGCUUGAAAUUGUAACCAAGAGGAGGAACUGCGGCUCUGAUGAUUCCGACACGGACACGGUGAAUCUCCUAAGUGAUGUAUGGACUUGCUGGACAAAAGGGACGAUAUCAGAAAUGAUUGAUCAAUCACUUGAAGGACGUUCCCGAAUCCAGGCACUAAGAUGUAUCCACAUUGGGUUGCUGUGUGUCCAAUCAGACCCCGACGACAGGCCUGACAUUCCAUCCAUCAUUUUCAUGUUGAACAGGGACGACAUGGCGCUUCAGCCACCAGAACAACCUGCUUUCUUCUUCGGAGAAAACUCAAACUCAGCUUCUCCGCCAUGCCAGCAAGGCGUCUACAUGUACAACCGGUCGGAGGUGAUCUUUGAAGACAUAUCGAAGAACGGGCUCACAAUUACUUACCCAUAUCCUAGAUAAGUUUUUUUUGUGUACUUUAUAUAUCCCAUAUAA